CAAACAUGGUCGCGGAGCAGUGAUGUCGCCACAUGCACUGAUAAUGCACUUGAAUCAUCUUUGCUGCCACUGUGACUGAGUUUAGCCAGAGUCUGUAAAUCCAAAGAACAAGGAUGGCACCCAAGGAAAGGAAUCGCUCAAGCAGUGGAAAGGGGAGCAGUAAAAGUAGGAAGAAGAGUCACUCUGCUGCCUCUCAAGAAAGGGCUGGUCACCCAGAAGAUAUCGUCCCUCUGGUCCUGACGUCAGACACCCAGAAGCUCUUCGGCUGCCUUGUUGAUGAACAUGUCACAGAGCAAAGCCCGUACAAGCUGCUGAAAAAAGACAGCAUCAUACAGGACAUUACAUCGAGAGCAGCAGUGUCUGAUUUCAGUCCCGUGAAGCAGAUUGUGCUGCCGCCUGAGACUGAAACAGAAGAGCUUGAGAAUGAAGUCAAUAAAACUCCAGAACCAAAACCAUGGAUUUCUCUUGGCAGUGAAACAGAAAUUGAGGAAGAAUCUGUCAAAGAGACUAGAGAAAAGCUGAAGAUCAGCUUSUUUAGAAAGCGGGAGUCGUUUGGAUUGCCACUCAUUUUUUCUGGCAGCGAGACCACCCACCUGGAGUGGCCCUCCUAUGAGGACAAGACAUUCAGCAUGAAGGUGAUGCUGAAAAACUGCAGCACACAGGCGGUUCCAAGGCUGCGGGACUGCAGUGCACAAACGCACAGGAAUUUUCAGAAGAAUGACUCCACCCAGUACAUGUUAGAAGAGGAAAAAGAGGACAAAGAAAGGAUCCUGCAGGAUGAAAGUAUUAAGAUUUUUCUUAAUGUGGUAACUCCCAG